AUGUCUGCAUCACAGUCAGAGAAAUUAUUGCGGGCUAAACAUACGUCUGUACCUCCAGCACAUGGCAUCCGUGUAUCAGAACUGACAGGAAAGUGUGAGAAAACAACAUCUGACGAUAUCAAAGAAGCUGGGUAUUCCUAUGCAGAAACAGUAAUCAUGGACAAAAAGUUCACUAAGCCCGUAGAGAACUUUGAACGAAUACAUUGGAAUGAUUCUAAAGGGAUCAGUCCAGGCUUUCGAUUUGACCUGUAUUGGUCGAAAGAAGAUGUUGAAAAUUAUUUUACUGACAACCUGAUUAAAAUCGCAUUUACUAAUGCGUCACACAGACUCGAUCUUUGGUUUUUCAAUGAGAAAGAUGUACUCUCGAAGAAGGAGAAUAUGAUACUCUACGAACAGGAAGUACAAACUGGUAAUGUAAGCAAUACAAUGCACAAUACAAUGCCGAUUGUGAAAGCAGGACAUAGAAUUGUACAAUUGUCAAUUCUUGCGCAGAGUGAAUCUUUGAAG